GUCUACUUUUAUUUGUUACAGUGGCACGUGUUUCCUUGUCAGAUGUUUGCAGACUACCACGCUCUUUCCUGUUUCUUUACUGUGACUUUUCUUCCCUUGUAAAACUCCAGGUCUGUGGCGCUGUUUCCAUCGUGAGCUAUAUGAAUGUCAGAAUUUGUGGACUAAUUUAAUUUCUUCUUCCUCAAAUAUCGAUAGCACAAAUCAACAAUGACCUGUUAUGGCUGCCAGGAAGCCUGCCUGAUGUGUUGCGUAGGAUUUUUCAAGAAUGCCAAUCCAGGCACCGCAGUGGACUGAGUUCCUGUCGUGCCCUGUGUGUUGCAAUGAAUUUGACCCCACCGUACGCAGUCCUAUCAGCUUAGGAUGUGGACAUACAGUGUGCAAGACAUGCCUUUCGAACUUGCACAGGAAACAAUGCCCAUUUGACCAGACAAGCAUAAAUACAGACAUAGAGAACCUUCCGAUCAACUUCGCAUUGUUGCAGUUAGUAGGAACUAUUGUUCCUGAGACUGAAGGAAAUGGAAAUAUAAAACAUCUCACAAAGGAAGAUUUGAAAAGUUAUUUGCAAGCAAAGAAAUGCAUAGAAGAAUUAGCUUUGUAUCUAAAACCAUUUUCGUCAAGCAAUGGGAGUGGAGGGACAAGCGUUCUCUCCAGACCAAUGCAACGUAAAUUGGUAUCAUUGAUCAACUGCCAACUGAUGGAGGAGGAGGGGCGGUCCCGUGCAAUGCGAGCAGCACGAUCACUUGGGGAGCGAACUGUGACAGAACUCAUUCUUCAGCAUCAGAAUCCACAGCAACUCUCAGCGAACCUUUGGGCUGCAGUUCGUGCCAGAGGUUGCCAGUUUCUAGGACCAGCAAUGCAAGAGGAGGUCCUGAAGUUGGUUUUGCUGGCUUUGGAAGAUGGCACUGCUCUGUCUCGGAAAGUUUUGGUCAUGUUUGUAGUCCAGAGAUUGGAACCACAUUUUCCACAAGCCUCUAAGACCAGCAUUGGUCAUGUGGUUCAACUUCUGUAUAGAGCAUCAUGUUUUAAGGUUUCGAAGAGAGAAGGCGAUUCAUCAUUAAUGCAACUGAAAGAGGAAUUUCGUACUUACGAAGCUUUGCGACGGGAGCAUGAUGCACAGAUCGUUCAGAUUGCAACUGAGGCAGGGCUUCGCAUUGCUCCAGACCAGUGGUCAGCUUUAUUGUAUGGUGACAUGGCUCAUAAGUCACAUAUGCAAAGCAUUAUUGACAAACUACAGAGUCCACAAUCUUUUGCUCAGUCAGUACAGGAACUAGUGAUUGCUUUGCAAAGAACAGGAGACCCUGGUAAUUUAUCAGUAAUCAGAUUGCAUCUGGAACUUCUGGCUGCAGUUGAUCCAAGUCCAGAAUCCAGUCCACCGGCAUGGUAUGAAUGUUGUGGAGUUCUUGAGGCUGUAAGAAUUGUGGUCACAGGACUUGUAGACUACAUCCAACAUCAUGGUAGUCGCAAAUUACAAGAACCUGGGUAUUCGCACAAUGCCAAGUACAAGAUCAGUAUGUGUCGAGAUCUUACAAUCAAGGGGAACUGUCCGCGUGGGACCAAUUGCACCUUUGCACACUCUGAAGAAGAGCUGGAGAAGUAUAGAGCAAAAAACAAGAAGGCAAAUACAAGAAAUAGCACCGGAGUGAACAAGAGUCAGGAAAUGGGGAACAAAGAAGGACAGUGUGGCGAAUUUCACAACAAUGACAAGGUCUUUGUUCAGACUGAUGAUAUGUUGUAUUCCACCACUACUCCAACUAUCACACCAUCUGCAUUUGAGAAUUCUGUGUUAAAAGAAGGAUAUCUGACAUCUAGCCCAUCAUUGCAAGUUCCUCCACCGGUACCAACAGCCAUCCCUCAACCAGGGCUGGAAUAUAGGUCUUACACUACUCCGUACCCUUCUGCAGAUGGGUGUCAGUCAGCAUCCGUAUAUCAGCCUUCUCAGCAGCAGAUGUUUGCUCCUACACCUGGGACAUUUACUCCAGACAUCUACAGUGCUGCACCACACAACAUGCUUCUCAGUUCUGGUGGACAAACUUAUGCAACAUCAUCUCAGCCAGAUUAUGGUUCACCCGUGUCACCAGCAGAGCACCGACCAGUUGAAAUUGCUCACAGUGGAAAUACAUGGGAACAGAACAGUCCAAGCAGUCAGCAGAAUUGGCGUCAUUCACAGGUUGCUGGAACUUCUGCAACUAAGAGGGUAGCACCGAAGAGCUUAGCAGCAUUGCAGCAAAGGAAGCAGGAGAUUAUCUCUCAGCUGGAAAAGGUUGUUGGGAAGUCGGCUGCAUCAGCCAUCUCCAGCUCAGCAAGUUCACAGGCCAGAGCUACUUCAGUGUUCCCAUCUACAGACAAUCUGGCAAACACUGCAACCUAUUCCAUUUGGACAUCGGGAGGAAUUCUCCAUGCAGGACGAGGAGGAAGUUCUCAGCUGAGUCACAUUACAACCACAGGGCAUCCAUCAACUUUAUACAGAUCUGACUCAGUAUUGGCGGAUGAUGAGUUCAUUCCUUUUGAUCCACCAAUUGUCAGCAAAUAUGGUCCAAUAUCACGAAUGUCUAAAACUGUUUUAAGACCAAACAGUUCCGUUCAAGCGUCUGCUUCGUUUGGAGAUGGGACAAUAUCCACUCCCAUGGUGAGACGACCUGUGCCUGCAGCUAGUCCUGUUGCAUCUUGGUACCUCAAUGCCACUCAAGGUUACCCGGCUGCAAUAGCAAGUGGCCGGCAUAUCAUGGCCCCACCCUCUGCUGGUCUAGGUGAUGGUUAUAUAACUAUUGGUCAUGGAAUCUUGGACCCACCCCAGUUGUUUAUGCAGAAUAAACCUGCAGACUGUUCAACUAAAGAUUUGCUAGUGUUGGCUGACACCCAAAAAUUAGGCCUAAAGCAGCAACUACGUAAUCUUGAAAAGCAGUUGAAUGAUUUGAAGUUGGCUACCCAAGGUCCGUGUGCAGCUCUCAGUGAGGGGGAAAAAUUGACUCAUGAGCUACAAAUCAUUGAGCAAGGGAUUCAGGAGAAGGAGAAAGAACUGAGACUGAAUCAUCUGGUCUCUGCUUCAUUGGCGUCAACUACAAUCACUGCUAUCGGUUGGAAGAGAGAUGGAACGGUGAAUUGGGGUCUCAAAUCAUUUGGGGAAUACAGGAGUGAUGAUGAAGAUACGUAUGAGGCAGGAAUUGCUAAUGAUAUGCGUGAAUUAGAGAUGCGCUUAGAGUUUGAGUUGGAGGAGCAGGAGAAGAGGUGGUCCAGCGAAGAAGAAUCGGGCAAGAAAUAGGCUUAUCAUACAUAUGAUGUCUGAUGAGACACGUUUUAUUAUCAACCCAAUGGGUUCAGAUUAUUAUGACCAGGAUAUCCUGAUACAAGUGAGAAAUAAAACUGGACGCAUAUGUCUGGGGAAAUUAUUGUCUGGUUCCAUGCAUAUAGAAGAAAGGGCGUGCUUAUUGCUCUGGUUAGUCAUAACUUUUAAGUUAUGUCUGAUACAGUAUAUGGCACAUUCAAACUGAAACAGAAAGAUUUCUGGAUUAAAUAUUGAAAGAAAUUUCUCUCUUUGAUAGUUCUCUUAUAAGUGAGACUUUAUAUACAGGUUAUGAAGUACUUCACUUUAAAUGUGGAAUGGGAAAAAAAAAUUAAUUUUACAUUUUGUGACAGUAUUGUAUCGUACCAUGUUCUCACAACAAUGCAUUUGUGAUCUAAGUUAUGUUUCAACAGUGGGAAUUUAAUGAGUUUAAAAAUAAUAUUUUUUCAAAAUAGCCUUUUAAUAGCAUAGUUAAACAAAUCACAGAACAUUAUUUUUAAAUAAAAAUUAAAUUAGUUUUAUACAUCAUCUUGUUCAUUUGUAAAACAUUUUAUAUGAGUACUGUACAUUGUUUGCAGAUCAGGGGUAGGAAAAAAUAUAUAAAUAUAUGAGUAGGCAGCAAGCAACUUACACUUAUAAUAGUAACACAGUGGAACACUUUAAUGGUGAUUGCCUGUGAUGUCACAAGGUGAUAUUUUAGCAAUUUUGCAAAGAUAAACAACAGCUGACUUGUGUUCUCUGUUGAUAUUAAACUCUGUAAUAUGAUUCCAUUUCCAUCAGAUUUAGGAAUGAAAUGGUAAGUUAUCUGUCAAAGUAGAGCUGUCAAGAAAACCAAGACAUUCAACCAGUGGGAACAUUUAGACAAAACAGAUUUUUUUCUUCAAAAAAAUGAAAAAGCUUUUAUUUUUGUUGUGGGAUUGUCUUCCGUUAGUCAAACUUACUGAAAAUCUGUAACUUCUUAUUGUUAUUGUGUGGUCAUUGAUUUCUGUCAAGUUUAAAUUUAUGACUAAAAAAUCAGUUGCUUUUACAAUAUUAUUGUUGUAUAUAACAUGAGAUGUCUUCAUUUUUAAAAGGAAGCUGCUUCUGAAGAAUCAUUCCAUUCACCCCACCCAAUUGGAGAAUUUGUGCCCUUGUAAACCAGUUAUUCAUUUCAAAAAUACGUGAUUACUUUGGUAUUCACAUUGUUUCCAUAAAUUGUUCAAUCUUAGGACAGAGUUAUACUUCACGUGUUGUAAAGUUUGAAAUUACUGCAGUUCACAGGUUUAAUAAAACCUGACUUUUACUGUUAGAAACUGAAUAAUUGUUCCUGAAGAAAGUGUUGUACUUAGGAUACUUUAUGAACUUGAAUGCAUGAUUACCCAAAAUGGUUUAAAAAUUGAUAACAUUAAUUCCCCAUUUCUUAAUUGAAAUAUUAAGGCAUUAGUUUGCCUUUUUGCCAAACACCUGUGUAUAUGCACUUUUUUUUUUAGGCGUCUUGUAUAACAGUGUUACAAGAAGGUAAUAGGACAGCAUUCUGCAGGAAGGAAACUUUGGCAUGUAGAUGCAUGUCUCUCGACGUUACUGGCCUAUAAGUACAUAGUACUGUAUUUAAACUUUUGGGAAGACAGAUUGUUACGAGAGAGAGAGACAUCCAUUUUUGUGUUGUUAUAAGGUUUUAUUUUCAUCAGAGUUACUGUCUCAUAUCACCAGACAGGAUGUGUGAAUGGUGGUGAGUAUAUGUACUUGAAAUUAUGUUGUACGUUGUUAUUCUUGUUUAUAAGCAACAGUUUUCUAAUUUGUUGGACUGCAGUUUGUGGUACAAGGCAUACUUAAUGAAUUCAAAACAAUUAUGUGUUGAUACUGUCAUCCCCCAGUUUGUUUGGAUGAUGGUUAGAAAUGUACUGUUCCUUCAGGUGUUACAUUAACUUCCAGUUCUUAACUAUUUCUAGUUAUCCAUAUUACAGAGAUAUAUUUUGGCAUCAAAUUACUGGUAGUUUCCAUAGAGUGUUUCACUGUUUUGUAGUCUUGUGGUUUUUUGUUUAUAACAAAAAUGAUGUACCAGAAUGUCUUAGGUCAAAAUCCUGUAUGUUGUAUAAUCUUCCAGUUUUAUUGGGAGCAUAUUUAUGUGGGAUUGCAAUAGGUUUACAGUUUCAGUAUUAAGGAGAAUUUGUUACACGAGUGGUCAUUUGUACAUAGUGUACAAUAUCGGUGAUGAUAUAUAUAUAUAAAACUUUAAAUUAUUCAUGACUUCAAAUAUUGAAGAGUCAUAUGGCUCCUAUUUAUAGCAUGAUAUAUUUUGGGGUGAUUUACUUUAUAUCAUGAUGGCUGGUUGAAUGCAUAUUGCUUGAGUUGUGGAAUUAUACGUGAUGCAUUACAUAGUGUGCAUUUGUUUAAAAAUGCAUUUGUAUGAUGCAUUGUAAUUUGUGAAUGUCAUAUACUAAUACCACAUUUAACCCUCUUAAGUGUGGGAUAUAUGUUACAAGAUCUAUGAUCUUUUUGCCACGGUUUUUCAUUAUGACUAACAGUUUCUUCCCUGUCAUAUUUGUUAAGAUUUGUGACUUUAUUUUACUUGUUAUUUUUUGUGUUGAUUGUUAGUAAAGUUUACUAGCUCUGUUCAAGAGUUCCUGCCAGUCACACUGUUUCAGUUAUAGGGCAUUAACUUGUGCAGUUGCAUAAGAAACACUUUAGUAUGAUGGUUAUAUUGAAAAUUGGCUAUGUGUUUGAAAAUAUAUUUUUUUGUUCUUGCUUACGAUACGUACGCUAUGCUGUUGAAGGUGCACUGCUGUAAACUGUUUUUUUGUUACUUGCACUGAACUCUGUACUAAGUCCAGUUUGCAGUGAGUAUGUGUGAUACUUGUUUUAAUAGUCCCUCUCUUCAUUGCUCAGAUGUAAAAAUCGUAUAUUAUUCUCGCCAUUAUGUUUUCAUGGUUGUUCAAUACUGUUUUUUAAAAUUCUUUAAACUAAAUGGCAGUUUGUGGGAUUAACAUUUAGUUGUAGUACUGUAAAGUCUGCAAUUAAGACAGUCCAAGUGUGGGUGAAUUAUUUUACCAGCACUGUAGUUAUAGUUAAAUAAUUGCAUGUUAAACAUGUUCUUUGUGCAAAGAUUGUUCUUUUCCUAGGAACUUUGUGAAGUAAAUGUACCUACAUCUGUUAUACAGUAAUUGUAUAUCCUAGUACACUUCUCCUUUCUUGGGGUCAGAAAUUAUGUUUGAGUGGAAGAAUAAAUGAUGUAUUGAGACGUAGAUGAAUGAUUAAAUUGUGAUGUCAAAAUUUUGAUAAGCAUGAUUCUUGUAAGGUAAUCUGAGCACUUCAAUACAAAAUGGAUGACUUACGAUUUGAUACACAGUAAGAGUGCUGGUCAGUAUCGGUAAAUUGGUGUGAUUGAUGCAAAAUGCAUAGGAAUUUACGUUUGAUUGAUGCCUGUUAAUGCUGUCUUGUACAUAUUUUGAAUAAAUAUGCUAAUUAUGAAUUUAAAAUUAAAUAGAGCUUCAAUCUCUUAACGAAGUGGCCUGUGCUUAUCAUUUGCUGCAAAGGGUAAAGUAGUACAUAACAGAUAUGUAUUAGGAUAACCAGUCAUUAGUGUCAUAUAUAAUUUGUACUGAAAAUUAUCCAGAUCUCUUGAUACGGUGGUAAAUUUAUAUAGAUAUAAAUGCGGAUUGUCCAUUAUGGAAUUCACAAAUUAUGUGUUAUUGGUGACUUGUAGUUGUGUUUUUAAACUGCAUGAAAGUGGUUCUGUGAACCAGUACCACCCAGUUCAUUAGACCUGAACUGGCUGGUUGACACAUUUCAAUCAAAUAAAUGUUCAUAUUAAAUAGCAUUUCUGACAAAAACUUCCACUUCUAAAUACAGAGAAAGUAGUUUCUAUGAACAAGGACCUUUUUAGAGUUGAUAUUAAAAGAGGUAACAGUACAAGAAAAGGGAAGAGAUGUGUUUCUGUUCCAGUAAGUAACCUGGUCCUUUGGAGUUCGAAACCAGAGAGAUGGAUGUAGUGUGUUGUGAUCAUUAAACUACCACCAAAGUGAGAAAGCUGGACCAUAAACUUUUACUCUUUCAUAGAUUUGCUUCCAGUAUUUUUAUUUCUUCAGAAAACGUGUGUGUGUGUGGAGCCUAUAUCUUAUUUUUGUGAUUAAAAGUGGCAUCUGAAUUUUGA